AGUUGGAGGGCCCCAAGAAGGUCAAGGAUUUAGGGGGCGGGGCUGGCGCGGACGUGGGAGCUGGCGCCGGGCAGUGGAGGGGCCAUGGAUGGGCUCGGCCGCCGCCUCCGAGCCAGCCUGAGACUGAAGCGCGGCCAGCGGGGACAAUCCCAGAACAAUCCUGGGGAUGCUGUCACAGAACCGGAAAGAAUCCAGGAGCAUUCUCCACCUAUCUUUGCUGGAGGCCAGCACUUCUUUGAAUACCUUCUUGUUGUUUCUUUAAAGAAAAAGCAUUUAGGGGAUGAUUAUGAACCCACAAUCACCUACCAGUUUCCCAAGAGGGAGAACCUGCUCCGAGGUCAGCAGGAGGAGGAGGAACGGCUGCUCAAAGCCAUCCCUUUGUUCUGCUUCCCUGAUGGGAAUGAGUGGGCACCGCUCACAGAGUAUCCCAGGGAGACCUUCUCAUUUGUCCUGACCAAUGUGGAUGGGAGCAGGAAGAUCGGAUACUGCAGGCGCCUCCUGCCUGCUGGUCCUGGUCCUCGCCUUCCAAAAGUAUACUGCAUCAUCAGCUGCAUCGGCUGCUUCGGCUUGUUCUCCAAGAUACUGGAUGAAGUAGAGAAGAGACAUCAGAUCUCCAUGGCUGUCAUCUACCCAUUCAUGCAAGGUCUCCGAGAGGCAGCCUUUCCUGCACCUGGAAAGACAGUCACCCUUAAGAGCUUCAUUCCUGAUUCAGGCACGGAGUUCAUCUCAUUGACACGGCCCCUAGACUCCCACCUUGAACAUGUGGACUUCAGUGCUCUGCUGCAAUGCCUCCAUUUUGAGCAGAUUAUUCAGAUCUUUGCCUCUGCAGUACUUGAAAGAAAGAUCAUCUUUUUGGCAGAGGGUCUGAGUACCCUGUCUCAGUGUAUCCAUGCUGCAGCUGCUCUGCUUUACCCAUUUAGUUGGGCACACACAUACAUCCCGGUGGUCCCUGAGAGCCUUCUGGCCACUGUCUGCUGCCCUACCCCCUUCAUGGUUGGGGUACAGAUGCGAUUCCAGCAGGAGGUUAUGGACAGUCCCAUGGAAGAGGUCCUGUUGGUGAAUCUUUGUAAAGGAACCUUCUUAUUAUCAGUUGGUGAUGAGAAAGACAUCCUACCACGGAAACUUCAGGAUGACAUCUUGGACUCUCUUGCUCAAGGAAUAAAUGAGUUAAAGACUUCAGAACAAAUCAAUGAGCAUGUUUCAGGCCCUUUUGUACAGUUCUUUGUCAAGACUGUGGGCCACUAUGCCUCCUAUAUAAAACGGGAGGCCAGUGGACAAGGCCAUUUCCAAGAACGCUCCUUCUGUAAGGCUGUUACCUCCAAGACCAAGCGCCGAUUUGUGAAGAAGUUUGUGAAGACACAACUUUUCUCCCUAUUCAUCCAGGAAGCAGAGAAGAGCAGGAAUCCUCCUGCAGGCUAUUUCCAAAAGAAAAUACUUGAAUAUGAAGAACAGAAAAAACAGAAGAAAUCAAGAGAAAGACGGUGAAGUAAAAACUGUGGUCAGCAGGAGUGUCUACAACUACAGCUAGAACUACAGGCCAGUCUGGACUUUGGCCCUUCAACUGUGACAGAAUCAGUGAGGCUCUCGGCCCUGGAAUCAAUCUGUGGCUUUCUUCCAACUGAUAACCCAGUCUUACUUCAAGGUGGUGUCUGAAUUUGGGAGCCUUGGUGUCAGGGCUUUGAAAGUUCUCAUCCAAACUCAUAGAACUGUACUCAAAGCUGCAAUUUUGGCAGAGUGGACACUGUGGGAGUUAGUAGUACAGGGGUACAGCUGUUGUGGGUGCUUGAUUAGAAGUUGCUAGCACUGCUGUCUCCUAUGAACCUCUGUUAUAAAAUCCUCAAUACAGAACACUGUGGCCCAAUGACCCAUGUACAAAAUAGGGUCUGAUGUGAGGAUAUGAAUAAAGAUGAAACCUUCUUGUUUGUU